AUGGUGGGAUACAACGAGUUGCAGGUGCGCAGAGAGCUGUGUCUGGCGACAUACUUGUUCCGAUUGCUGCGGAGGAAAGCCUACAACAGUGUUGUGUUGAGCUGUGUGAGCCUGUACGUGCCCGACAGGUACGUGUGGCGGCGGCUCCGGCCGCGGCUGCUGGCCGAGCAGCGCGGGCGCACCAACCUGCUCGGGAAGGCGCCGCUGACGCGCGCGAAACUGGAGCAUAAAGUGAACCAAUGGAAGGGUGCGCUAGAGAACGGCGGUCUGAAACUAAAUGUUGCGAAGACCGAGUACAUGGCAUGUGGCGGCACGGACCCCGACCCCAUAAAGGUAGGAGACGAUUGUGUCGUGAAAACGAAUAAAUUCAAAUACCUUGGGUCCGUGCUGCACGAAUCGGGUGAAAUCGAUCACGACGUCCAAGCCCGAAUUAGCGCUGCUUGGGCAAAAUGGCGAGAAGUAACCGGUGUCCUCUGCGACCCCAGGAUACCGGUGAAGCUAAAGGGCCUUGUGUACAAGAGCAUCAUCCGACCAGUCCUACUAUAUGGUAGCGAGACCUGGCCUGUCCUCGGAAGGCAUGUCCAGCAGCUUCACGUCACGGAGAUGAAGAUGUCCCUGGCGCCAGGCCGGGAAAACGCUAGGUCGAAGAAGAAGAAGAAGACUAUGUAA